CACUUCCGGAAAUAGUGAACUUGAUAGUCUGAUGAUAGUCUGUGAUUGUUUGACAAUUUGACAGCAGUUGUCAAUGUCAAAAGAACACAAAAUUAAAAUAACCUCAAAAAAUCGUUUUACUGUGAUAAAAGAAAAUAAUAUUAUAGUUUGUCCAAUUUUAACUACAAAGAGGGAUUAUAACUAUGCUCAGAAGCCUCAAGAAUGGAUCAGUGGUUGUUACUAAGUUACAAAAUCGAGUAAAGUUUCCUGAACGUUUCAAAGGGACUAUAGUAGAAAAAUGGGCUGAUUACUGGAAAAACUUAUUUAUUGACUAUCGCCAAAUGCUACAGGAUCUAAGAACAGAUAUACAGGAUGACCCGAAGAAAGCUUUCCUUUGGACUACCGGCCUCACCACCGCCUUCCUGUUGGCUCGCAACAAUCCCACAGAAAGGGACUUUAAAGAUUCCCUUAAAAUGAUUGCAAACGAAGUAAUACUAGUUAGCGACGAUUGCCGCAACCCAGCUUCUAUAGAACAUGUCAGGUACCUGGACACAUGCUACAAUGAAGGUCUCAUACAUUAUAGAAGUUUAGGUAUAGCAUCUGUAAUGUAUGUAAGUGAUUACAAUAAUUCUUGUUCUAUUUACAAAUCCCAAUGCUCACAUCUCCAACCCACAUACUUUGGAUAUUUGUCAAGGAUUGUAGAUGUUGGAUUCAUGGGACGAUGGUGGAAUAUAUUCAAGAAAACAGCUAACUAUGAUGUUAAUGUUUAGACUAUUUUUAGGACUUGUUAAUAGAUUAAAAUAAAGCUAUGCUACUGAAAUAAAGAAUUCAUGAUUGUUGAAGAGUA